GAUGCGACGUGAUGUUUACAUGCAUCAGCUGUGCCUCGAAGGUGUUGCCCGGGCCGUGUCAAGUGUCAUCGGGCUGGCAGAAAGCGUCAUAGAGGCUGCCAUGGGAAUGUCACUGGGGCUGGCAUGAGGGUGUCAUAGAGGCUAGAAUGAAAGUGCCGUCAGGGAUGACGUGAGAGCGUUACCAGAGCCGGGAUGACCUAACGCCAAAAGGAUCCCUUGACACAGGACACCAUUGCGACCUAAACAAGGAAUGCAAAGCGGGAAAGCAAUUAUUAAGAGGAGAUAGCACAGUUGAAGACUGUUUAAGAAUGGGGGACAUGGAGCAGUUUGAAGACCUACUUCUCAGAAGUGCUCGAAAUGGUGAUUGCAAGACAGUGGAAGAAAUUCUGCAAGCCAGAAAAGAUGGCAAAGUCAAUUUAGACAUAAGCUGCAAAGGUAAGAGUAAAAGCAACCAGGGAUGGACCCCUCUGCAUCUUGCAAGUUACUUUGGUCAUCGAAACUGUGUGGAAGUUCUACUGCAACAUGGAGCAGCCUUAGAUGAGUUGAAUGAUGCUGGUGACACUCCGUUACAUAAAGCAGCAUUAACUAAUAGAGAGGAUGUAGUAUUACUGCUUUUAGAGCAUGGAGCUAGUGUCUCAACCAUCAACGGUGAGGGACUGCGUCCAUCAGAUCUUCCUCGUGAUGCCCAAGUGACAAAGCUGAUAGUUGCGGCAGAAAAAACAGAACAAAGAAGAAAAGAAGAGCGAUUACUACAUUAUGCACGUGAGGGAAAAGCUGAUGAAGUAAUGAAACUGUUGCGAGAGCCUGGGGCACCAAAUGUAAAUUGUUUAGAUUCACAAGGCAACACCAGUUUACAUUGUGCGGCUUAUAGAGGCCACAUUGACGUUGCUGUUGUGUUACUGCAGAAUGGCUGUGAUCCAGCAAUGAGAAACUUUAAUGGUCAGACAGCAUGUGACCUGGCCCAGACACAACAAAUGCAACAGAUUCUGGAGGUACAGCCAGUUCGAAGUUUUCACCGCAAUGUUUCUAGAUUCGAAGGCCCACUGCUCAGACGAAUGCGAAUCAUUGGCUGGAGAAUGGUUUGGGGCGUUUUGGAGCGUGGCGUUCUCACGUUCUUCAAUAGCCGUGCAGAUGCAAGUUCUUGUGUUCGCAGACGUGAUUAUAAAUACCUUGACAAUAGUAAAGUGGUACCAAUGGUUGGAGGAGAUGGUGCUAUGUUCGUUUUACAAUAUAAUGAUGGUACAUGUCAUCGGUUAGCAGCAACUCCAGAUCCUUUUCAUCCAGCAUCCGUGAACAGACAGAAAUGGGUGACAGCCCUAAGUGAGCACAUCAGGUUCUCAACUCACUAUGUUCAACAUGGUCUUGGAGUGGAUGAUGAUGAUGAUGAUGAUGAUAUUGAUAGAACCAUAAAGCCUUUAGGAUGUAUGUCUGAUGCUCUACAGACAGCAUCAGCACAGCAACAGCUUCUAGAACAACAAGUGGAGGAGGUCAUGGCGACCAUGGCCUCGCUGGACCUGGAUCACUCACAGCAGGGUGGUGUGCAUGACGUCAUUAGGAGGUUCUCCUUGCUUUCUGGGACAGCACGAAAUAUGACUUCCAGCCUAACUCACUGCCUGUCUGUUAUGAAGCAACAAGAAGAGGUUAGAGAUCUGCAACUAAAAGAGGAGCGUGAGAAGGUGCGUGUAUUGGAGGAGUCACUGAGAGUGCUGGCUACAGAACACCAUGAGCUUGAGGAAUCCAUAGCCUCACAUGUGUCUUCCAAUGGGUCCUCCAUUUACAACACUCCUGCCAACUCCUAUGUGUCCCUGCCAAGGCCUAGGAGAUUCUUUGAUGCUGUCAGCGAUGAUGAAUUCUUUGAUGCAUUUUCACAAGAUGAUGAUGGGAGCGGAGGCACUUUGGUCAGUCUUCCUUCUCCAUGUGGGAGUGAAUGUUCAACAAACACCCUUGUAUCUUGCAUGUCUUCCCUUCCCACUGACCCACAGUCUCCACAGUCACCCUCCCAUUUGCUUUCAAACAUCUCUGCACAGCCGGGUGCUCAGGUUUCUAAUACAAAUAUAACAAAUGAAGAAGGAGGGGGGACUUACUCUAUAUCACAGGAUGUGUAUACUGUUACUUCAACAGGACAUAUAAUAGAAUCUGGAGGAACUUACAUAGUGUCUCAAAGUGGUUGUCAUUCUGAAAAUACAAAUGGAACACAUACCACAUCACUAGGCCUAUCAGGUUUAGUUAACACUGUGUCAGAAAUGCUUGCUGGUUCAGCUCAUACAUCAUCAGGAGAGUGGCACUCGUCAUCAGGAAACAGUGGGGGCAUAGGUCCUCAGAACUCAAGCUCCACAAAAUCACACACAUCGCAUGUAUCUUCCAUUGCGCUGGAGACACCACUGAUCAGAACCUCUGACCUGAGUGAGCAUAGUGAUGGUAGUGAUGAAACUGUCACAAGUGAUUCUCACCUUGGAUCUGAAGUUGAAGAAAAGUCCUCCUUCAGCCUGGUGUCGCUCGGCGGGGCGCGCUAUCACCGCCCGUACGUGGGACCUCGUCGCUGCUGGCGCUCCUGGGGCAGGACUAGUCUUCCUGCGGAGCAGUUCCAGCGCAACGAUUUUUCCCUCUGGUCGGUGCUAAAGCAAUGCAUCGGCAAGGAGCUCUCCAAGAUCACCAUGCCCGUGGUCUUCAACGAGCCCCUCUCCUUCCUCCAGCGAAUGGCGGAGUACAUGGAGUAUGCUUGGCUCCUGGAGAAGGCGGAUCAGGCGCAGGAUCCCGUCACGAGGAUGCAGUAUGUGACAGCGUUCGCCGUGAGCGGUCUGGCCUCGAACUGGGAGCGAGUUGGGAAGCCUUUCAAUCCGCUUCUUGGCGAGACCUAUGAGCUGCAGCGGGACAACUACAGGAUAGUGUGCGAGCAGGUGUCGCACCACCCGCCGGUCUCCGCCUUCUACGCCGACUCCGAGAACUGGAACUUCCACGGCUCCAUCCACCCGAAGCUCAAGUUCUGGGGCAAGAGCGUCGAGAUCCAGCCUAAGGGGGUCCUCACCGUCGAGCUGCCCAAUCACGGCGAGGCUUACACCUGGAGUAACGUAAACUGCUGCGUCCAUAACAUCAUUGUGGGGAAGCUUUGGAUUGAGCAGUAUGGCACCAUGGAAAUCACUAACCAUGCAACAGGUCAUAAGUCCGUCCUGACGUUCAAGACAGCGGGGUGGUUCUCCAAGGACUUGCACAGGAUAGAAGGCUUCAUUAUGGACAAGAAGAAGAAAAAGUUGACCUUCAUGUAUGGCAAAUGGACUGACUUCCUCCGCGCUACGGACAUCGGAUCCUACGAGGAAUAUAUGAAGACAAACCCUCAUAAAUUCAGGAGAAAUGACAAGAAGAAGAGCGACGAGGGCACGGGGAGCGCCAGCCCCGCCCACGCCCCGAGGAAGGUGUUCAAGAAGCUCAACUCCAUCACCUCCUCCUUCAAGAUGAGCGCUGAUGUCGAUGCCAGCGUGGAGGGCGAGGACGGCGACCCACCCGAGGAGCCGGAGGAGGGCUCGUACCCGCGCACAGACUCCACCUACAGCAUCGACAUCCCUAAUUCGGCGAUUCUGUGGGAAGCCGACCCACGCCCGGAAAACUCUCCUCAGUUCUACCACUUCACACUGUUCGCAAUGUCUCUGAACGAUAUGACGGAAGAAUUGAAGAGAUCUCUUAGCGCGACAGACUGCAGAUUGCGGCCGGAUAUCCGUCUCCUGGAGAACGGCGACAUUGACGGCGCAGCCAACGAGAAGAACCGCCUGGAGGAGAAGCAGAGGGAAGCGCGGAAGGCCAGGAAGAAAGGCAAAGAAGACUGGAAGCCAAGAUGGUUCGAGCACGGAGCCAACCCGUUCACGCGCCUGGACGACUGGCUCUACUCCGGGGGAUACUGGGACCGCAACUACGAAGACGGCGUUGAUAUAUUCUAAGCUGCCGGUAAUGCACGGACAGAGGGAACGGCUCCGCGUUGGCAUAGUCACUGGUCGUUCGUUUCAGCUUGGUUUUCGCUAUGCCCUUCAGCGCCAGGCAUUCUUAGCCUUCACGCUUUUAAUUUUGUAUGAAAUGAAAAAACGGUUUUCUUAAACUACGUCGUGACAUUUCUGGGAAAUUCGGGAAAAUAAAACAAAUACAUA